CGCCUCCUGUGAGCGGAUUGGCUAAAACGAUACAGCAAUCCCCUUCGUGUGAUCGGAUUGGAUGAUGUGCACACGGAUCAGCUCAGUAUCCGGUCUCGUAAGGAUCUAAACACCACACACACUUGGACCAAGUGAGCAAUAGGAAGUUAAUAAGAAGGUGUAGAGGAGGUCAGAGGUCAGAGGUCGUCAGUAUGAGCAUGCAGUGUGUCCUGGUGUCUGCAGCAGGGACUCGGAUUCAGCUCCCUGACACACGAGCACUGAUUCUGGGUCGAGGUCCUGAGUCUGGAGUGAAGGAUAAGAAAUGUUCACGACACCAAGUCAAACUGGUGGCUGAUUACAGUAAGCAGGAGGUUCUUGUGACGCAGCUUGGUCCAAACCCAUGUUCAGUGGACGGGCAGGUUCUGGGUCGCGGCCAGUCUGCACACCUGAGUGUGAACAGCACGCUGUACCUGGUGAACCAGAGUCACCCGUUCACCGUGCGGUUCUCGGGCUCGGCCGACAGGAAGACAGGAAAAGGACCAGAUGAUAACAAGAGCACGCAGAAGGCUUCGGAUGGUAACGUUACCAAGGUUCAUCCCAAGAGGAACAUCCAGGAUUUUUUUGUUUCUUCACCUAAAAAGUCAACAAAAAGAGCCCUGGAUGCCGAAGACGACGCAUCCGACGCCAAACGUGGACGCACUGAGAAAUCUGACGAGGAUGAAGAGAAGCUGUUGGAGGAGAAGCUCAGACAGCUGCAGGAGAUUGCACAAAGCACAAGCUCGCAGCAGACACCAUCACAGCCCUGUGGCACUGCGCCGUCUGCCUGCUUAAAGAGUCACUGGCAGCAGAUCGGCAGUCUCCUGCUCUACACUGCGGCAGGAGUCACCGCAAGCUCCAAGAUAGCAGGGUUUGACAUUGACGGCUGUAUCAUCACCACAAAGUCAGGGAAGGUCUUUCCCACCGGACCGGACGACUGGAGGAUCCUUUUCCCUGAGAUUAAACCCAGACUGAGCGCUCUGUUAAAGGAAGGGUUCAAGGUGGUGUUCUUCACCAACCAAAUGGGAAUCGCUCGAGGAAAACUCAGACCAGAGGUGUUCAAGUCUAAAGUGGAGGAUGUUCUUCAGACCCUGAAAUUACCUGUGCAGGUGUUCGUCGCAGCAGGUCCGGGAAUUUACAGGAAACCGGUCACAGGAAUGUGGGAGCACUUGUGUGAGAAGGCAAACGAUGGAGUAACUGUGGAUAAAUCCCAGAGUGUUUAUGUUGGAGAUGCAGCAGGUCGUCCUGUAAAUUGGGCUCCGGGGAAGAAGAAGAAGGACUUCAGCUGUAGUGACCGCCUGUUUGCUCUAAACGUCGGUGUAGAGUUUCACACACCAGAGGAGUUCUUCCUGGGAUGGAAAGCUGCUCCGUUUGACUUGCCAUCGUUUGAUCCGAGGGGAUUGGACCCAAAGGGACAUCUGUACGAUCCUCCGACUGCCUCGCUCACUUCUAGCAGACAGGAAGUCAUCGUUGCCGUUGGAUUCCCUGGAUCUGGGAAAUCGACUUUUUUCCAAACUCACAUCGUUCCCAAAGGAUACGUGUAUGUGAACAGGGACACACUGGGGUCAUGGCAGCACUGUGUCUCAGCGUGUGAACGUGCACUAAAGGAAGGACGCAGCGUGGCCGUAGACAACACUAAUCCUGACCUCGAGUCUCGAAAGCGGUAUGUGGAUGUCAGUAUGACUGCUGGAGUUCCCUGCAGAUGCUUUAACUUCACUGCCACUCUGGAACAAGCCAAGCACAUUAACAGGUACAGAGAGAUGGUUCCUUCAGCCACCAAACACGUUUCUGUCAAUGACAUGGUCUUCCACAGCUACAAGAAGAAGUUUGUGGCUCCUGCUCUAUCAGAAGGCUUCUCUGAGAUCCUGCAGAUUCACUUUGUUCCCAGUUUUCCUGACCGUCGGUCCGAGGAGCUUUUCAUGCAGUUCUCUGAGGGCUGAACAUGAUGUAAACCCUCACUGUCCUCAUUCUUCGGUUUUAUCUGCUGAUGUGUCUGCCUCAUUCCCUCGUGUCUCUUUAUCUUUAUUUUGAAAAAUCUCCAUGAACAAACAAAUCUGCUUUUUCAGAGUGACAGAACAUCGUGUUUAUUCUGGGGUUGUGAAAAAAGAGAUGUGGUGAUUAUUGAAGAAUAAUUAAUGAUCGCUUGAUUUGCUCAGUUUCGUUAUUGUACAGUACACUGAUCUGUGAGCAUGCAGCAAUGUAGAGCAUCAAACCAACGUAAGACUGUCUGUCUGACCCUCAUUAACACCCUCACUACAGAUUCACUUAACACAGCCUCUCAAAACAGAAACAGAGCUUAAAGAAGUUUCUAAGUGACACAGAUCAUAGAAAUAAAUCUUCGUUUUAAUUUCGACUUGUGAUACUGAAUCAGUUCCAACACUGAGAGGAAAUGUUCUGAAGGAUCGAAUUUUAUAUCAUUUGAUUUUUAUGUUUUUUUUGGUGAUUAACUCAAUAUGAAGAUAUUCAUCUAUAAGUGAGAAGUUAUCUUCUGUUGUCCUUGUCUCAGAACACGAUAAUGUAGGAAACCCAAUCAGAUUUGAGCAACACAUUGUGUUCUUUAGGUUUGUGUUACUUUGUGUAUUCCUUUAAUAAAUCUUCAUACCUUCUG